AUGACUGAAAUCGAGACUUACACCGAACUGGACCAAGAGGAGACCAACAAGUUCCAUCUCAAGUAUGCGCUUUAUCGCAUCAAAGCUUGCCUGCUGUUGAAAGGAAUGCCGGCUGACGAGAUCGAUGAUGCUGCGUUGGAACGCAAGUACCCUCCAGAGCUUAUCGUCAAGAACGACUACUUCUUUCACUACGUCCAAGAUGGCUUCUUUGGUUGGUAUUUUGAUUCCGAACUCUGUUACAAGAAGUCCUUGAGCGACUACCAGCGGCUAGUCAUUUUCAAUGACGGUGGCUAUGAGUAUACAAGUUGGAGUAGAUACCGAGCAUUUUAUAGCACCCCUGAUGCUGAUAGAGAUUAUCUCCAAUUCUGGGAAACAAUUGUGAAGGAAAUUAAAUGGCUUGAACAGUAUAUGCUGACAAACGAGUCGUCUAUUGAGUGGGCGCGUGUACAUUCAAAGGCUACAUUCCAAGCAUGUAGGAUCGCAUCUGGGUUUCAAAACAUGACUCUGGAACUAGCAGCUGUUGGUUUGCAUGAGUAUAUAUGGGAUGCACGCAUAAAUCUCAUGUUUAUGAAAGAUCGUGAUGGUAUCUUCUAUGAGAUUUGGAGGCGGGUCAAUGAUAAUCAUCUGCUGAGUUUCAGAGAUGCUCUCGAGCAAGUUUAUGGUGAAAACUUGUAUUCAGCACACGACCGCAGUAUGAAGUAUGAGCUGAAUUACGGCGAUUCCAACAUGGAGCGUGUUUUUGCUCGGUGCACGAAAGGCAUUAGUGACAGUGUUCCAGAAUAUAAAGCCCGUGAGCUGAUUGCACAGGAGAUCCAUUGGACGAGUUUGUCGUCUGGAACAUAUGCGCGGUACGCCAGGAAGAAGCUGAAGGUUGCAGAACUGAUCGGAUUAAUUCAGAAGGACAAGAUAGGAGCUAUGUAG